AUGCAUCCACUCUUAACGAGUUACAUAAAAUCCUAUCAUGAAAUUCAGGCAAAUUUUCCUUUUCUGAAUCCCGAAGUAAGCGGUAGGCAAUCUGAUCUUUCACUCGGAACACCCCCUAGAUCGAUAGGAUUUGGUAGCCGUAGUGGAAAGGGUUUACUUUCCGGUAAAAGUGGUUCAUCAUCAGGAUGCUUGUUGCAUGGCUUAUGCUUCAAGAAAACAGGUAUUAGUGUAAUAUGUGAUGGCGAGAGAAGCUUGCUCCUCAUGCCAGACAGCAAGACAAAUCCCGAAUGUCCUAACAUGGCUCGUUUGCCUUCCCCUAUUUUUUGGAAAAGAUGUUCGUCUCUGCCCGCUAAACCUGACUCAAAUUUGUUUCCAUCCGUGGACGUGCCUUCUUCUGAAAAAUUGUCCGAGGAACAGAAUAAAUCAGAUAAAGGAGGAAAAGAUGCUGUGGUGUCACGGUCCCUGUCGGUGCCCGGACGAAGUGUUGUUAUAGUACGAUCGGCUUCUUUCGAUACCCAUAAAAAGAAUGUCCCUGCAGAUAAUGGUGAUGAUAAAAGUAAAGUGGUUCCUCUAGAAAGCAAUGAUGAGGAGAUUCCAGAAGAGGAAGCUUUGUGCCGAAUCUGUAUGGAUGUAUGUGAAGAAGGAAAUACACUCAAAAUGGAAUGCAGCUGCAAAGGCGCCCUUCAACUCGUGCACGAGUCAUGCGCUGUUAAGUGGUUUAGUACUAAAGGAAACAAAAACUGCGAGGUAUGCAUGCAGGAAGUGCGGAAUUUACCUGUAACUUUACUGCGGUUGCCUCCUAAUUCUCUAAGGGGUAAUAGACGUGCUCGAAGGGGCAGUAGACAGAAUGUUAAUUCACAGAACUCACCAUCCGAAUCCGCGAGUGCCUGGCAGGAUUUCGUGUUGCUCGUGUUAAUUAGCUCAGUAUGCUAUUUCUUCUUCCUCGAGCAGCUACUGAUUCUUAACUUGAAGGCUCAAGCAAUUGUGAUUGCAGCACCAUUUGCGCUUACCCUAGCCCUUUUAGCAUCUAUCUUGGCUGUCAUCUUAGCAAUCAAGCAGUAUAUAUGGACAUAUGCAGCUUUUGAGUUUACACUCGUUGCAAUAAUUUUCUAUGUAUUAUAUUCCCUGCUCCAUCUGAAGCCUAUUGUUGCAAUACUGCUUUCCGGAACGUUUAGUUUUGGGAUAGCUAUGGCAGUCAAUGCAUUGUAUAUCUACUAUUUCGAUAUGCGAGUUCGGAUUACAGAAAAUCCUAACCCAGUAUGAUUGGAUCUGGAUGAUGCUAUUUGCCAAGGAAGAAAGGCAAUUAGAGGCUAAAUACUGGACAAUCCUUUCCAUUUUUUUUAUACAACAUUAUGCUGAAGUUUUGGAAGAGGAAGAAGUUGCAUCGGAAUCGAAUUAAAGGUUGUAGAUAUUAGGAUUCAAAUUCUAAUCUGAAUUAAACCUUGAGCUCGUGUUCAGUUCAAAAGCAAUCCAUAUUAUUAUUUUUUUCUCAUUUUGAUAACAUUACAAA